AUGGCACCUACCACAUCUAAACCUUCGUUGGCAGUCUUCGGGCCUCAGACAGAGCUCUCUUCCCGAGAUGCCAUUGACCAAUUGAGGCAGGAGCUCAACCAGAAUCCUCAGCUAUUCGACGUCCUCAACGCCGCAAAGAACGGGGCCGAACUGUGGAAAACCCUCGUCAACUUUGAUCCUACCCUGAACCAUAUUCCAGGAGCCAAGCUGCUCGAUGAGCUCCGGGAUUGGGUGGUAGGAGAUAGCCCUUUACCAAGUCACAACUUUAACACAUUUCGUCUCCCGGUUACCGUUCUUCUCGAGAUCGCUCAGUACUUCCGCUACUUGAAGCAGCUGAAUGUUGUCAACCCUCAUCGCGUCUUCCUCGAAGGCGUCGAAACUGGUGGUGUCCUGGGCUUCUGUGUUGGAUUCCUCAGCGCAAUUGCGGUAGCUACCUCGGAGAGCGAAACUGAAGUCGCCUUCACCGCUGCCGCAGUCUUUCGUCUUGCUGUCAUUGUUGGUGCCUAUGUCGACAGUAACCAAUUUGAUACACAAGGGACAAAGCUAGGCUGUAUUGCUGUUCGAUGGAAGGGGGAUGAAGUUCAUGAACAAGAUAUCUCCAAUCUUGUCAGCACGUUUCCAAAGGCGUACACAUCAUGCACUAUAGAUGCAAAGUCUAUUACUGUCACCGCCAGCCUUUCUGAUAUACCCAGCCUGACUGAACAGCUGCGAGCACAUGGCUCCCAUGUGACCACUGUCAGCGUGGAAGGAGCCUUUCACUCGGACAUCCAUACCGCUGCUGCUGAAAAGAUCAAGAACUUCGCCGUGGGCCGUCCAGAUUUGAACUUGCCCAGUGUUGACAAGCUGCAAGCUCCACUCCGUUCUACUGUGGACGGUGAAAUCAUCACGAGCGGAUCCCUCCUCCAACACGCCCUCGAGAAUACCCUGCUGAAGCCCGCUGCGUGGUUCACAACGGUACAACGGGCAGUUUCUCAGCUAAAAGAGGGUCAUAAGACAGUUGCAUUUGCAGGAUUCGGGAAUCAUAUCCCGGCUUCGCUUGUCAGCGGUGCGGGCUUGCAUGUCUUGGAUCUGAAUAAGUUGACUGCGUCAGGUCUUCACGGUUUCCCCAAUGGGACAAGUACCAAGCCAGGAAACGGAGUUUCAGAUGCGCAAGACUCGGUGCCCUCUGAAUAUCCUCCUAACUCCAUUGCUAUCGUCGGUCUGUCUGGCAGAUUCCCUGGAGCAGAUUCGUUAGAUGAACUUUGGGAACUGCUGCUAUCAGGCAAAUCAAUGGCCGAACCUGCCCCCGUUGAAAAGUUUCAACUACCUACAACCGGCGAGUACGCGAAUACAAAAUGGUGGGGCAAUUUCCUCCGCGACUCUGAUGCCUUCGAUCAUAAAUUCUUCAAGAAGUCUCAGCGAGAGGCUGUCGCUUGGGAUCCUCAGCAACGGAUUCUUCUCGAGGUCGUCUACGAAGCCCUUGAAUCCGCAGGAUACUUCCGCGCCGGCGUCAAGCCAGAGCUAGAUGACUACGGAUGCUACAUCGGCGCUGUCAUGAACAACUACUACGACAACAUGUCUUGCCAGCCGACAACAGCCUACGCCACCAUCGGAACCUCGCGCUGCUUUAUCAGCGGGUGUGUUAGCCAUUUCUUCGGCUGGACUGGACCUUCCCUGACGAUCGACACGGCGUGCUCGUCUUCCCUCGUCGCGAUUAAUACCGCCUGCCGAGCAAUCUGGUCCGGUGAGUGCUCCCAGGCCGUGGCAGGGGGGACGAACGUGAUCACUAGUCCAUUCGAUUAUCGGAAUCUCAAAGCCGCCGGGUUCCUUAGUCCUACUGGACAGUGCAAGCCGUUUGAUUCCCAGGCAGAUGGGUACUGUCGUGGAGAGGGAGUUAGUGCGGUUGUUCUUAAGCCGCUGGCCGCCGCAUUGAAGGAGAAGGAUCAUAUCUUCGGUGUCAUUGUGGGGUCUGCGGCGAACCAGAAUCGGAAUUUCAGCCACAUCACCGUGCCUUAUUCGGGUUCACAGGUGAAGCUUUAUCAGAAUGUCAUGAGCCAGGCCGGGGUUCACCCGCACUCGGUGACGUACGUUGAAGCUCACGGAACUGGUACCGGUGUGGGGGACCCCGUUGAGUGUAACAGCAUUGCUGAAGCAUUUGGCGGCGCUUCAAGAGACAGCAUACUCCGCUUCGGCUCUAUCAAGGGUAACAUUGGGCAUACUGAAGCUACCGCCGGUAUUGCCGGGCUCGUCAAAGUCCUACUUAUGAUGGAGCAUGGUCAGAUCCCUCAGCAAGCGAGUCACAAGCAGCUAAAUCCGAAGAUUGCCUCAUUUUCGAAUGCGCGAAUGGAAAUCCCGCGUAGUUUGCUGCCCUGGAAUGCUCCAUUCUUCCUGGCCUGUGUCAACAGCUACGGUGCUGCUGGAAGUAAUGCAGCUGUUAUGGUUCGCCAGGGGCCAUCUUCUAGGAUUGAGCCGAUUGAAAACCUCAGGCAUUCUCCGAUUGGAACGAGAUAUCCUGUGUUUAUCUCUGCAGGCUCUUCGAGUAGUGCUCUUGCGUAUUCGGAGAAGCUUUCUACUUGGCUGAGGACACUUGGAUCUGAGGCUCGGGUCUCUGAUGUGGCAUUCAAUAUUGCUGAUAGAGCAAACCACUCGCUCUCGCAUUUCUUUUCGACGACUGUCGCCAGUAUCUCCGAGCUUAAGGACAAGUUGUCUACACUUUCGGCGACAGACGUCCUACCGAGUCCGAAACCUAUCGUCCUUGUAUUUGGGGGUCAGGAAAGCGAAUCAAUCGGGCUAUCUGAACAACUGUACCAGGCUUCAGUAUUGCUUCGAUAUCACCUCGACGCUUGUAACGAGAUCUUGAUCUCUUCCGGCUUUGAGAGCAUAUAUCCUGCAAUCUUCUCAAAGAGUCCAGUUGCGAACCUGACCACUCUGCACUCUGCGCUGUUCGCUAUCCAAUACGCUUCUGCAAAAGCUUGGAUUGAUAGCGGACUCAAGGUAGAUGCAGUCGUUGGCCACAGUUUCGGCCAACUCACAGCCCUAUGCGUCUCGGGCGUGCUGUCGCUCGCCGAUACCCUCAAACUUAUCUCUGGAAGGGCGUCAAUCAUGACAAAGCAGUGGGGUCCCGAACCAGGAUCUAUGCUCUUUGUCCAAGCAAAUAAGCAAACGGUUUUCAAACUUCUCAGUUCAGUCCACGGGAAUGUCGAAAUUGCCUGCUACAAUGGUCCAAAGAGCCAUGUGGUUGUUGGCUCUGCUAAGGAAAUUGAUGCACUGGAGACAUUCCUCUCAGAGAACCCUUCUUUUGGAGGAGGCUCGAUUCGUACAAAAAGACUUCAGGUCACCAAUGGGUUCCACUCAAGGUUCACAGAGCCCUUGCUACCGCAUCUUUCGGCUCUAUCCGCAGAAUUAAACUGGCAGGAACCUAAGAUCCAUCUUGAGCUCUGCACUGAAGGUGCGGAGAGUCCUGACUCCCGGGUACUAGCAAGUCAUACGAGACGCUCGGUUUUCUUCCAGCAUGCGAUUGAGAGGCUUGAGAAGAAGUUCUCUAAGAGUACAUAUCUCGAGGUUGGGCGAGGGUCUUCUGUCAUUCAGCUUGCCAAGGGCUGUGUGGCAGACAGCAACCAACAUCUGUUCUUAUCCCCUCAGCUCACGACGGCUAAUGCACUUGCUUCACUGACGGAUAUCACCGUGGACCUAUGGAAAGCAGGCUAUGCUGCGCAAUACUGGCUCUUCCAUCGCUCUCAGAAAUCAUCAUACCAAUUCCUGCGUCUUCCGUCGUAUCAGUUUGAGAAGACUCGCCACUGGCUUGGGUUCAUCGCUGGGAGAGGCGAGAAAGAAACAGCGCCAGAGCCGACUCCGGAACCUGAACCUGAGACUUAUGAACUCUUCAAGUUCCUGCGAUUCAACAACGACAAGAAGAGCAGCGCAGUAUUCCGUAUCGCGCCCCAGAGCGAUCGGUUCAAGUCCAUGCUGAAGGGCCACGUUAUGGGAGGCCAGUCUUUAGCACCGGCCUCUUUGUACUUCGAGGUCGUUGCUCGUGCUGCCUUGUUUCUCCAGUCAGAUACAUCAGCCACGACCUGGGUACCAGCUGUGCAGGAUCUCGUGAUGAAUUCGCCGAUCGGUCUUGACACAAACAAGGAGCUCCUUCUCACUCUGGAGCAAACGGAUGAUCCAACACCUUCUUGGUCAUUCUCAAUUACUACUCAACUACCUCCGAGUCAGACGGGCCGUGUCAGUGCACCAUUUGAGACAUCGACUGGACGGGUGUAUCUCCAGAGGCGUGAUGACUCCAAAGCUGCCCAGUUGUUCCAGCGCUUCGAAACUCUCACUGGGAUUGGUCGCUGCGAGGAGAUAAUGAACCAUCCGGACGCCGAAACAAUGGAAGGAAAGCACAUCUACCGCGCUUUCAACCACAUCGUGCACUACGCUGAAAACUUCCGCGGGAUCAAGAAAGUCGCGUGUCUGCGUCUGGAGGCCGCCGGGAAAGUGACGAUCGACGUGGACCCGAGCGAUCCAGUUGACCAGCGCCUCUGCGAUACGCCCAUGACUGAUAGUUUCAUGCAAUUCGCCGGAUUCCUGGUAAACUACUUCAACAAUGACAGUUUAGAGGAUGUCCUAGUGUGUUCAAAGAUUUCGCACAUUGAGAUUGGUGGGAACUUCGAUCCAGAUGCAAAGGAGUGGAUCGUUUAUUCCAAUAUGACUCGAGGAGGGCAGACUGAUGCCUCUGCCGAUGCGUAUGUCUUUGAAGCGAAGAGCAAGAAGAUGGUUAUGGCGGCCUUUGGGUUCCGGUUUUCGAAGAUGUCGCAGGCAUUGCUGACGAGGAUGUUAAAGAGCGUGAACAAAUCUGCGGCUGCUGAAACUCCUAGUAAGCCUGCCAGUCAUCAAAAGACGGACACAGUUUUGGUCAAGGAACCGGAACGCCCGAUCGAGGUUGCCAAGUCGUCCAAGCCUUCCAAGGCAGCUAAGAAGCAGCCUAGUAAGCGGGCAGAACUCUUCCAAAUCUUGAACAAUGUUACGGACGUACCCUUGGAAGAUAUGAAAGACGAAUCCUCUUUGGACGAUCUUGGAAUCGACUCUCUUAUGGCUACAGAAGUCAUGAACGAUAUUCGAGCAACACUUGGUCUCACAAUCGAUCUGGCCAGCUUCUUGUUCUGCCCAGACCUCAAGAGCCUCGUAGCUUAUGUUGAUUCGAAGUUCAACGGCGUUGAUGAGAGCUCCGAAGAAUCUAGUGGCGAAGAAUGGGCGCUUGUCGGUACGCCUUCAGAGGGUUCUACGCUGCCUACCCCAGGAGAAUUGAUCGACGAAGAGCUGGUCCCAAAGGAGGCAAAAGAGAGUUUUCCGUCAGGAGAGUUUGAAAGCAUACCAUCCAUCAAUUCCGCCUAUGGUUCAUUCAAGGAGAUUCAAUUCGCGUACGAUCAACUCGCGGAGGGGACACUCGCCGCCAACUUUUGGGCUGAAGCGUACCCGGACCAGAGGCGGCUUGUUCUUGCAUACGUCGUUGAAGCAUUCGCGAAGCUUGGCUGUGAUCUCGCGAGACUGAACCCUGGUGAUGCUGUACCUGUGGUGCCUGCUCUCGAUAGGCACAAGCAGCUAGUGCGUCAGUAUCACCGUGUACUUGAGGAUGGAGAAUUGAUCUCCCCCACGGAAGAUGGCUUCAUUCGGACGGGUGUGCCGGUUGAUCCAACACUCGCUGAAGACAUAUACCAGGAGAUUGUCGACCUCUGGCCGCAACAUAAGGUCGUGACGCAGCUUGUGAAGGUGAUCGGAGCAAAGCUUGCUGAAUGUCUUCGUGGGGAUAUCGAUGGUCUCCAGUUGAUAUUUGGGGACAGAGCGAACAAGCUACUUCUAGAGGAUAUGUACGAGAACUGGCCUCUUCUUCGAACUCCGACAUUACUCCUGGGAGACUUUCUCAAAACCGCUUUCUCCAACUCGAAUGGAAGUGGGAAAUUUCGAAUUCUUGAGAUCGGGGCUGGAACUGGGGGUACGACAAAGCACAUCAUCAAGUACCUCAGAAGCCACGGCAUUCCCUUCGAGUAUGUCUUCACCGAUCUCUCAACGUCGCUAGUUACAGCUGCGAAGAAGAAGUUCAAGGAUGCCAGUGAAAUGUCCUUUGAGGUGUUGGAUAUCGAGAAAGCUCCAAAACGGGAGUAUGAGAACGCUUUCCACAUGAUCAUUGCCACGAAUUGUAUUCAUGCGACAAGGAGCUUGAACCAAUCCCUUGUGACCCUUAACAAAAUGGUCCGCGACGAUGGCGCCAUUGCCCUUGUUGAGAUCACAAGAAACCAGUUCUGGCUUGAUAUUGUUGUUGGAUUGUUCGAGGGAUGGUGGCUAUUUGAGGAUAACCGCACGCAUGCUUUGGUGAAUGAGAAACAUUGGGAAAAGGAGAUGAAGGCAGCUGGCUUCAAGGAAGUUCUGUGGACGGAUGGCGAGUCCCCCGAGUCAAAGACCGUCCGGGUAAUUGCUGCUUUCAAAUCACCCCCCGUCGAGAUCAAAAAACCCACGGUGAAGGCGGCUGUUGAGACAGUCGUAUACAAGACAAUUGGGGACACGAAGAUCCAUGCUGACGUCUACUACCCCCUUGACCCGGUUCCGGCACACACAAAACUGGCAGUCGCUCUGAUGAUACAUGGAGGUAGCCAUAUCAUCUUCUCCCGCAAAGACAUUCGACCAGCUCAGACUCGCCUCCUGCUGGAAAAGGGGUUUCUCCCGGUGAGCCUGGAUCAUCGGCUCUGUCCUGAAGUGAGACUUGUCGAUGGACCUAUGGUCGACGUUUGUGAUGCACUUGAUUGGGCGAGAAACAAACUGCCGCAUAUCAAACUCCCGAAUGAGGGAAUCCAGAUUGAUGGUGAGAGGGUCGUCGUCGUCGGAUGGUCUUCUGGUGGACAAUUGGCAAUGUCAUUGGCCUGGACUGCUCCGCAAAGAGGGCUGAGGCCACCAGAGGCAAUCCUGGCAUUUUACUGCCCGACAAACUAUGAAGAUGAUUGGUGGAGAAAUCCCAUCCAGCCCAUCGGCGCAGAAGAUCAGGGAGAUGAAUACGAUCCGCUAGAAGCAAUCCAAGAUGAGCCCAUCACCAACUACGGUAUCGUCGGGGCCUGGGAGCCACUAUCGGACCCCCGCAUCCGCACCGACCCCCGAUGUCGCAUCGUUCUGCACAUCAACUGGAAAGCCCAAACGCUGCCCAUAAUUAUUGGUGGCCUCCCAAGCAAGAAGAAGAGCGCAGGCCUUAACGUCCGAGACUGGAAUGCUCUGCCACAGCCUUCUCUGGAGGAAAUCGUCCGUGUCAGUCCACGCGCCCAGAUCUUGCGGGGCAAUUACCAGACUCCCACAUUCUUGAUUCAUGGAACGAGUGAUGAUUUGAUCCCUUGGCAGCAAUCUCAAGAUACGUAUAGCGCACUUCGGGACGCAGGGGUCACUGCUGGUUUGGCUUUGAUUGAUGGGGCUCCGCAUAUUUGUGAUCUGAGCAGUAACCCUGAGUCAGAGGGUUGGAAGGCGGCGAUUCAGGGGUACGAGUUUAUCAGUAACUAUGUGUGA